CCAUUGCUGCUUUAGGAAAACCUCUAAGGCUGCAAAAUGCUGCAGGAACUAAGACCGAUUAUUUUGACUGUUUUGCUUAGUAGUCUUACCGAUUCGUAUAAUUUAUCGUCCUUCAAUUACCCUCCAGGAGACAUAAAGCGAUGUAUUUCGAUUCUUGGGGAUAGCGUCGAACGAUUUGAAGUUCUGCCAGGCAUUGGAUGGGACAAUCUUGAAAAUAGAGACAGAAGUAUCCUGGUAUCCUAUAACUUCAGCAAAUGUCAGACGACCGAUGAUGGACAAUUUAUUAUUCCGGACAAUGUAUUUUCGAUUCCAAUUAAAACAAGCUAUAUUGAACUAUUUGGAGAAAUGUUUCGUCACUGGUCAGAAUUCACGUCUACUACUGCAAGUUCUAUCAAUGUAGAAACAGGAUUGCAAUUCAAAAAGUUUAGCAUAAGUGGGUCAUUUUCUACUGAAUUUGAAAAAAUGAAAAAGAAUCAAAUACAGGACAAAUCAGUAACAACGCGUGCUCAGGCAAGAUUUGUGCGCUAUUCUGCCAAACUGCAGCCUGACUCAAAACUAAGCCCUGCAUUCCAACAGCGAUUGAAGAAUAUUGCUUUCUAUAUCCAGAAGAAUAUGUCCAGAGUUGCAUCGUACGAGAGUCAAUUGUUAGUUCGAGACUUUGGAACUCAUAUUGUUUCAAGCACUGAUGCUGGAGCGAUAGUAACUCAGAUUGAUGAAGUGAAGUCAGAUUUGAUAAAAAGUAAAAAUAAAGAUAGCAGCAAAAUCAUCGCUGCAGUGAGUGCCUCUUUCCAAGAUAAAUUUAACAUUAAUAGUAACUUCAGUAAAACUGCUUCUUCCGAACAAGUAAAAGAAUAUGAGCGCAGUAGAACACACUCUGUUGUCAAUACUUUUGGAGGACCUAUAUUCAAACCACAUAAUUUUACCCUAGGUGAAUGGGCGUCAAAAAUCAAAACAAACUUGGUUGCUGUUGAUCGCGUUGGGUUUCCUAUUUACGAACUCAUUACUCUUCAAAGUUUACCCGAUCUUCCUCCAUUUCUUCUGUUUUCUGUUGUGGAACAUGUAAAAGCUGCAGUAGAAGAAUACUACAAAUUCAACACCUAUCGUGGAUGCACGGAUUUUGAUUCUCCGAAUUUUUCGUACACAGCAAAUGUAGAAGACGGAACGUGUUCGUAUAAAACAAGUAACUUCACAUAUGGUGGUGUUUUCCAAACCUGUAGUCAAAAAGGAGCGUUGAAUGAAAACCUUUGUAAAGAUCUUGUGCAGAAAAAUCCAUUGACGGGUGAUUUUUCAUGUCCAAGCGGAUAUAAGCCUGUUUUAUUGUUAAGCAGUAAGAUGCGGUCGUCAGAGACUCGCUCCAAGUGCACCUCUUGUGGGUUCCUUUGGCUUAGUACAUGCUGUACAAACUACCACGUCCAUGGGACUGCCUAUUCAGAAGCAAAAUGGUGUGCUGUACUGGGGAAAACCGCCAAUAAAAAUGGAUUUCUUUUCGGGGGAAUAUACUCCAGUACUAUCGACAAUCCGGUAACACAAACCCAUGGCUGUCCACUCUAUUUCUAUCCUCUGAAAAUUGGAACUGAAAUGAAGGUUUGUGUAAGCGAUGAUUUUGAACUAGGAACCAAAUAUUCUGUUCCCUUUUCUGGUUUUUUUAGUUGCAAAUCAGGGAACCCUUAUGCCAUUGGAAAGGAUUCAUCAUUGAAUAACACGAAAGAUUUGCAUGCAUUUCUAACAUCAGGUAAUCCUUACCUAUGGCCACGUGGUUGUCCGACUGGCUAUAGUAUGCAUUUAGCGGCUGUGGAGAGUGGUAUUUGUGAAGUCAAUUAUUGCGUUAAAGCGCGUGCUUUUUCCUUGAAGAGGUUUCCACAAUUACGCACACCCCCGUUCAUGGAACUACCUACAAAUGCGUUCAAUGAUGGCGACGAUUCGACGGAAGUCUAUGUAGUAAAUGAUGAUAGAAAACGAUGGAUUCAUCUUACACCAAAAGCACCCAGUGACAAAACAUUUAAGCCUAUGUCAGCGUUAUCAAAUUCAUUCUCUAUGAACAAGGGUGUGAAGAUAGACAUUUCUUUUAUAAUGGUUUAUCAGAUGGUUAUCCUGGUAGCUUGUUUCCCUAAUCAUUUUUGAAAUAAAAUUUGUGAAAUUAGGGGAUGUAUUUUAUUAUCAUAUUGCAUGUACCAAAUAUUACUCUUAAAUGUAUUCACAAAAUCAUUUUGAAUUACUAAUAUUUAUUAAUCCGACCAUUGAUCUCGUGUAUGAUGAAUCUGGUAAGUCGGAAAUUAACAUUUGACAUCUCGAAGACUGUGUAAAAAAAACAAACAAUUAACAAUACAUAAUUUCUAACAAUUAAUAUUUUUUAACUUUUUUGCAUUGUGUACAAAUUCGUGUACUAUUGAUGUCAUUUUUUUAUGUGUUUGUGUUGCAUAUGUGAUUUGAAAUGAAUGAAAAUAAAAAUA